AUGUCUGACCCUAUACAAGAGACAGUCACCUCAAUUGUCUCGGAAGUUGUUGAAGCUGCUUCAGAAAUCACAUCUUCCAUCGUCAACACUGCCACCGCGGCAGCCACCCAAGUUGCAUCUGAAAUUCUAAAUGAAAAAACUAAUCAAUCAUCAUCUUCAUUGGUUGUACAACUAUUCAAUUGUCUGGAAUUCGCCAUAUCAUACUUCUUAUCCUUACCAUUAUUCCACAAAAUCUCUAUAAUCUUCAUCACUCCAUUCCUUUACUCUAUAACAUGGCAAUUACUAUACUCCAUGAGGAAAGAUCGUCCACCAAUGGUUUUCUACUGGAUCCCAUGGGUCGGUUCUGCUGUCACAUACGGUCAAAGACCCUACGAUUUCUUCGCUGAUGCUCAAAAGAAACACGGAGAUAUCUUCUCAUUCUUAUUAUUAGGUAAAGUUAUGACUGUCUAUUUGGGUCCAAAGGGUCAUGAAUUUAUCUUCAACGCUAAAUUGGCUGAUGUAUCCGCUGAAGAAGCUUACUCUCACUUGACAACACCAGUCUUUGGUAAGGGUGUCAUUUAUGAUGUUCCUAAUCAUCGUUUAAUGGAUCAAAAAAAAUUCGUUAAAGGUGCUUUGUCAAAGGAAGCAUUCAAGACAUAUGUUCCAUUGUUUAAAGAGGAAAUCUUGAAGUAUUUUAAAGAUUCUAAAAAUUUCGAUUAUAAUAAUAAGGAAAAGACUGGAGAAAUUGACGUUAUGGUCACUCAACCUGAAAUGACAAUUUUCACUGCAUCAAGAACUUUACUUGGUAAGGAAAUGAGAGAAAAACUAAAUACUAGUUUUGCUGGGUUAUAUACUGAUUUGGAUAGAGGGUUCACUCCAAUUAAUUUCGUCUUCCCAAAUUUACCAUUCUUGGCUCAUUAUAAGAAAAGAGAUCAUGCUCAAAGAACCAUUUCGGAUACUUAUUUGAGUCUUAUUAAGAAAAGACGUGCUGAAAAUGAUAUUCAAGAUAGAGAUUUAAUCGAUACUUUAAUGAAAAAUUCUACUUACAAAGAUGGUGUCAAGAUGACUGAUAGAGAAAUUGCUAAUUUAUUAAUUGGUGUCCUAAUGGGUGGUCAACAUACUUCUGCUGCGACUUCCGCUUGGGUUCUAUUACAUUUGGCUGAAAGACCUGAUGUUCAACAAGAAUUAUAUGACGAACAAAUGCGUAUUACAGAAAAUGGUACAAAGGAAUUGGAUUAUGAAACGCUAGAAAAUAUGCCUCUAUUGAAUCAAACUAUUAAGGAAACUUUAAGGUUACAUCAUCCAUUACAUUCUCUUUUCAGAAAAGUUAUCAGAGAUAUGCAAGUUCCAAAUACUCCUUAUGUUAUUCCAAAAGGUUACCACGUCUUAGUCUCUCCGGGUUACACACAUUUACAAGAACAUUAUUUCCCUGAACCAACUAAAUUUAACAUUCAUCGUUGGGACAAUGACGCUUCUUCUUCUUACUCAAAUGGUGAUGAAAUUGAUUACGGGUUUGGUGCUAUUACAAAAGGUGUUUCUUCUCCAUAUUUACCAUUCGGCGGUGGUAGACAUAGAUGCAUUGGGGAAUUGUAUGCUUAUUGUCAAUUAGAUGUCAUCAUUAGUGAAUUCAUUAGACACAUGAAAUGGCGUUUUGCUGAAAAGGGUCAAACUGUACCAAUCUCAGAUUUCACUAGUAUGGUCACUUUACCAACUGGUCCUGCAAAGAUUAUUUGGGAAAAAAGAGUUCCAAAUGAAAAAGUUUAA